GCUUCCUCCCGGGAGCCGCGGGGAGGGGGCCCAAGGGCUUCUCCUCCCGCCGGGUUAUUUUUUCCGGCCGCUGCUCCAGCGGGGGAGGUGGGAAGAGCCAAAGGCGGCGGUACCCCCUUCCCGCCCCCCCGGCCGCUGCAGCACAUGGGAAGCAAAAGUUUUCCUCCUCCUCCCGCCGCUCCUCCUGCUUCUUCUGCUCCUGUUCUCUCCCCUCCGCCGGCUGCCCUCGCCCCGCAGCCCCCCCGGGCCGCCCCCCGGUCCCCGCAUCCCGAGGAUGCUCCCGCGGCCGCUCCGCUCGGACCCCGGCCGGGAGCUGCGGCGCUCCCCGAUGGACAGCCGGGAAUAGAGCGCGGCUGGAGCCUCUCCCGCUGCUCUGAGCGCUGGGAAGGAGGAAAGGCGAGACUCGCAUCGCAUCUUCCAGAGGGAUCUGCGAAUUUGCGGAGGAAAGGGGCUGUUGGGCAAAUUUAAUCAGAUGGUUUAGCAGCGCCGGCGAGGCAGCGCCGCAUCGCUGUGCUCCGGCCCCACCAUGGGCACCGGCAUGUGCUCCAGGAGGCAGAAGGGGCUCCUGCAGACCGCCUUCUGCCUGGUCACCGUGGCGUGCCUGGGCUCCGGAGUUUUCCUCUACAACCACUUGCAGCAGAAGGUGCGGAACGCAGAAGCCCUGGCCCAGAAAUACAAACAGCAGCAGGAAGCGCUGUCAGCGCAGCUCCAAGUGGUGUACGAGCACAGGUCCCGGCUGGAACGGUCCCUGCAGAAGGAGCGAGGGGAGCACAAGAAGACAAAGGAAGAUUUUUUAGUGUACAAGUUAGAAGCUCAGGAAGCUCUCAACAAGGAGAAGCAAGACUCCAUGAACAGAUAUGGGGCCCUCAGCUCCCAGCACAAGAUCCUGAAGAACCAGCACGACGAUGUCAAGAAGCAGCUGCUUGACCUGCAGGUGCAGCACAACAGCCUGAAGCUGGAACACCGCAAGACACUGGAGAGCCACAGCCAGAAAUACGCCCAGCUGCAGCAGGAGAGGGACAGCGAGGUCACCAGCCUGCAGGAUACAGUGUUUAAACUCAGGGAGGAGAGCAAGCUCCUUCGGAAGGCCCACCAGGAGGUUCACUCCCAGCUCCUUAAUGCCCAGGCCCAGAUGGAAGAGUUCAGGCAGCUCAAGGAAGCUCUACAGAAGAUGCCAGGCUUCAGAGGAGGAGGAGGAGGAGCUGGGAAGGGGCAGCAGCCCGUGGUGCCAGCCCACAGCCAGCUGCAGCUGGGGAGGCAGAAGGGUUUUCCAGUCAAUCCAGAGAACGGGGUCCCGCUGGCAUCCCCUGUCUCCGGGUUCCAGAGGCCGGCGGAAGUCCCGAUGCUGCAGGGACAGAACUCCUACAGCAAGGACGGCCCGAGGCCACAGCCAAACGUGCCCCUAACCCACCCCACCCCACCCCAGGAUGCCAACUCGCUGCCAGAGGCUGUGCCAGCCUGGCCAGCGCGCCGUGGGGACGGGCACGUGGUGAGGUUCACCCGGACCAUGAACAGCCUCCCAAACGGGAACCCCGACGUGAAGAUGGUGAUGCGCAUCCAGGUGAGGAGCCACGAGGAAAGCCAGGCUCCUGGGCUGGCCCUGCCUGGUCCCAGACAACCCUCUGCAGCAGGAAAACCUCCAGUUCCAGACAACCACCUCUCCCCAGGGAACAGACAGGGGCAAAUGCAAAGCUGGAAAGACAUAGUGAACAAGGUGAAUGCCCAGAUGGACGAAGAACAAGCACGUGGUUACCCAAAGAACCUCCAGUUUGAGCCCCAGCCUGGGCAGGAGGUGCAGAGGGGCAGCUCCCAGGCCCCCAGCCAGGGGAGAGGGGAAGAGCAUCACAGAGCUGAGCAGGGAGGAGAGAAGGAGAGGAUGGAUGAGGAAGAACUGGAAAUGGAUGCAGGAGUGAUUGAGAGGGAGGAGAACUUGCACCCUCAGAAAGAGACUGUUGUCCAGGAGCCAAUGAUGCCAGAUGAUGCUGCAGAUCCUGCCCAGGAUCCCAAUAACCAAGGCGAGGAUGAGUUUGAGGAAGCUGAGCUGGAGAGACCUGACUUCGAAGAGAAGGUGGGAGGUUUGGAGAAGUUCAAGGAGCCCAGUGUGAAAGAAGAGUCAAAGGAGAAGCCACUGAAGGAUGCUGGCAGACCUGCCAAGCCCAGGGAAGACCCAAUGGAUGACUAUCAAGAAGAUCAGGAGCAAGAAAUUGAGGAUCAUGGAGGUGAGGUGGAUGACAACGAUGACCUGGAGCUUGUCCAAGAGCGGAAGGACCGUGUGGGCCUGCAGGGAGCUGGUGGCAAGAAGGACGACUACUACUGAGAGACGCUGAAGGAAAACGGGAUACUCUCGGAAUGAGGGGAUGGGAACUCCUCCUGGGAACUGGCUCCUGUAUUAAACACUGCCCAGAACAAAGGCAGGAGGAGGUAACUCUUGCAGGCCCUGAGCAGGGGCCUUGCAGACGUGCGUUACAUCUCUGUGUGGGGGCCGUUGGCUCUCCGGUCGAUGGCAUGGAAGUGCUCCCAGAUUGUAGGAACGAUUUUAUCCUGCUGCUUUUCUUAGAAGCACUUUUUGAUUUACUGUGUUCUUCACCUUCUUGUUUUCCAUAUCCCCUCCACAGCUGGAGAGGGGUUUUUUUGUUGGUUUUUGGGGGUAUUUUACCCCCCUGGGCAGCAGAGGGGUGCCUGAACCGGUCCCUGGACUUACUCAACUGAUUGCUAAUACAAAGGAAUCUCUCUUCAUAAAACAUUUUGCUCAGUGGUGUUUCUUUAACACAGCCUUUUUGCUCCCCUCAGAGUAAGGUGGGAAGGGAGUCAGAGGAAAUUAUCCUGCUCUUUGUGUGGGCAGUGCAGGGAUGAUAACCAACCCCGAGCUCCCACAGAAGUGAUUGUGUGCCAGCAGUGUGUGUGCCUGUGUGUGUGUGAGAACAGCUGGAUCCUCUUCCUGGUGCAGAGACCUCCCAGUGACCCAGAGGAGAACCCUGUGGAGUUCUCCUUUCCUUGGAUUUGAGCCAUGACUGUCCUGCUGGGCUUGGAGCCUCCCCAUCUAAUGCUGUGCAUCUUGGCCUGGUAGAGCUGCUGCUCCCUGGGUUCCUGGAGAUGUGGGCUGGCCUGCACUAAGACAGGCUCUUCUGUGGUGUUGCCAGGGACUACCAUGCAAAGAAAUGGGAAAGAAGGAAUAUUUGCACCCCAACUAAUGUAAUUCCAUCCUGUUCAGCUCCUUUCCAGUCUCCCAACACUUGGCAGGGAGCUAAGAUCAAUUUUGCAUCUUCUAGACAGGUUUUAAUCAGCAAGUUGGGUAUUUCUAGUGUUCUGUUGAUGCAGUAGAUUGAAGCCUGUGGUGCUUUACUUGAUCUCCAAAAGAUAUCUUCCCUGACCUCAGGUAGAAAGAAGGAAUGAGUCAGCUGGAGUCCCCGGGAUUUAAGGAGGCAGCUGAAAGGAGAGUGGGCUUAAUCAUGAUAUCUCAAAGCCCAGGACCUGUUUUAGUCAUCCUACCAGGGCAGAGCUGUCACAUUCCCUGCCUUGUGUAAGAACCAGGUGUCUGAGCUGUCUCCUGCUUCCUCAUCCCCACUCGGAAGUCCUGGACCCUGGGACAUCACUCACCAAACGAAUGGUUUGAAUGUGGUCACCUGGUAAAAGAUCAGAGGAGAGAUCUUUGUUCUCUAUUUGGAUUAGUUAAACUUUUUUUAAUCCCUUGUUUGGGGCAUAUUUGGUAAGCACUUUUAGACACUUGGGAAAACAGUAUUUAUUUCCCAAUAAGCUCAGUCUUUUUCAUUCUGACAGUAUUGAUUUUUUUUUUCUUCCACUGGUUGUAAUGGAGCUUGAAAUUUGCACUUCAUAGGUCUUUUUGGUUCUUCAAUUUUUAUUCUGCUUGUGUUUCCUAGCAGCAUGAUCAGCUGUGCAAGUCCAGCUCCGGGGUAGAGUGGAGUGGUCAGAAUAAGCAAAGGUGCCAGAGGCAGAAGAGCAGUCAGUGGCAGCUCCAGGGAGUCUAGGAAAUGAUCUAUUAGCCAAGUGCCCACUGAGCCCACUGAGGAGCUCACUGCAAAGCUACAGGGGGGUUUAAGGCAUCCAAAAUGCCUUGAAAUGGUUAAUGCUGCCUUGGUUCUUUCUAUGCCAGCCCUGCUGUAUGAUGCAACACUGCUGGGCCCCCAGUGCCUGCUAUAAAUAGCACAUUCAGAACAGAUUAGCUGGACUUGCAGUUACUGGUUCAGAGCAUCCUGACCAGAAAUACCUCCAGUUCUCAGCUGGGCUGCCGAGAUGUCAUUGUUUCACAGCUCAGUGCAGGAUCCAUGACCACACAGACCAUGGCCUGGGUGCCAAACCUUCGUGCCCAGGCUGCCCCAGCGAGGUAUUUAGUGCAGCUCUGUGCCUGCUGCAGCUCAUUCGCUCCUCUCACGUGCUCCCCGUGGCCUGUGACUGUCAGAGCACGUAAGUUCAGCCCCUGCUGGAAGUGAAUCAAGCACUGGAAAUAGAAGCCCAGUGGGGGAGAGGCUGCACACUGAUUCAGAUGCAGGAGCUCUCUGGAUUAGGAGGCAGAUUCUCUGCGUUUGCAUGUCUAGGAUGAGUAAUCCUCCAAGUUAUGACUUGGAGGGAACUGCAGCAACUCAGGCCUGAAUGUAAAGCUCCCUGCUAGGAGGAUGCUUUAGCAACCAUAUGUCAUAUGCUGCCCUUAGCUGAGAGCUGAGCAUCUCUGCUCUGGAGAUUGUCUGCCCUGGCCAUAUCCAAGACUAAAAUUAGCAAGAGUGUUGCAUAAAUUGUGAGCUGUGGCUGGUUGGUGCUUCCUUGCCUGGCCUACAGCAAGUUGCCCCCAUUUUCAUACCAGUUCACUGUUUCUUCUAACAGGAGACAAUAAACUCAGUGAAGGAGAACCAGAAAAGCUGAAACCCCGUGGUGCUGGGUCUGUCAAAGCUGAGUCUGGCCUACAAAGCAAGCUGGGAUGCUGCUGGUUUUGAUGUGCUGCUGGGGGUUCACUGCUUACAGCAAAUCCUGGUGUUUUGCCUGAGCAGUGAACUCUUGAAGUGAUGACAUGAGAACUCCAGGCUGAGUUUUAUUUAGGGCACAGAAGAAGGGCUUGGGAAACAGCUGGGUUACUAAGAGAACAAACAAUGAGACAGAAGGUUCAUAUGAAGCCAGCACAGGCAGACUGACCAAGCCAAAGCAUGUGGCUUUGCUUGGCUCCUGCAUAGAUAAUUGUUUUAUGCUCAGAGCACAGUGCAGGGCCGAAGGACACGGGGCAGAAGGUGUAGUUAACCUGUAGUGAUGGUACAAAUUUUUUGAUGGGUUCAGGGUUUCCAUUGCUGUGCCAGCUAUUUUCCUUCCCUGUACCACAUGCCAGACUGUUGGAUCUCUCACCACAACUCAAAGUGAAUUGCAAAGCACCCUCAUAAGCCCCCUCAGAGGCUGGUGCCAGAUGCCUUCCCUGGUCAUGGAAAUGGUAACAGCUCUGGAGUGCAAUCUGCUCUCCGUAGUAGUUGGGAGAAGGGCACAAAGCUGAAGGAGGCAAAACUUGCUUGGUUUGGCUCCAGCCAUUUCCUGAACACCCUCACGUUUCUCUGGAAGGGCUUUCAGAUCUUCAGUUUUGCAUCCAGCUGGGAUUCCACAGGUGAGUUUGCCUCAGCCACCAAGAAGUGCCUUCAGCAGCACAGCACCUCCUAUUGCUCUGACAACAGUGUUUUCCAAGGAGAGCAGCCAUAACUACGACAUCAGCAUCCUUUUCUGUGCUGAUCCUAUUUUUUGAUUGAUAACUCUUGGUAUUAAAAGAGAUUUCUAACAACUUUUUAAAGGCUAGCAGGCACCCCCAUUAAAUUUGAAUAAAAACUAGAUGUGGAAAUAACUUAUAAUACUUGGUAUUGUUAAAUUAAAGAGUUCAUUAAGGACUAUAUAUUUUAAAAGGCCAGUCUUUCUGACAGGAAAGGGGGUCCUGAUGUCCAGAUCCUUGAGUUACCUUGUUGUUCAGUGCAUCAGAAAAUGAAACUAUUUAAACAAGUUCCACAUUGCUACAAAUAACACUUCUUGUGCAAAGUAACACCUUCCAUGAAGUGCAAGGUGUGUGAUUGGGGUCUGGUUUUUUUGUUUAGGCUGUGAAAUAAAAAUAGGCUUUGGAACAUUGUUUUUGUUAUAUUUUCGACUUAUGUAAGAUAAUAAACACUUCAAGAGAAAAUUUA